AUGCACUUAUUUACUUUUUCCGCUGGAACAGCGUACAAAGGCCGCUCGGUCAGGCAAGUUCCUGAAGGGAUUCCUGGUCAAUGCCCUGCAAGUUUGAUUAAGUCACUCACCAGUUCAAUAGUUUCCCACUUAUUUUUGUGGUACAUAAAUGUCUCCGUUGGGUAUGCUCUUUUGCAGAUAUUAGAAAAUUUCAGUCUAAAAGUGAAACCGGGACAAACUAUCGCAUUUGUCGGCCCAAGCGGUUCGGGAAAAAGUACUGUAGUUCACAUGCUACAAAGAUUCUAUGAUCCAGCUGACGGUCAGAUCUUAAUUGACGGCAGAGAAAUCCGAGAUCUAGACCUGAAGUGGUUUCGAUCACAACUCGGUGUGGUCCAACAAGAACCGGUACUGUUUUCCGGCACAAUUGCGGAGAAUAUUGCCAUGGGUUUUCUGAAAGCCAGUCGCCAACAGAUUGAAGAAGCCGCGAAGCUGGCAAACGCUCACGAAUUCAUUGUCGGACUGCCUAAUGGAUACGAUACAUGGAUUGUGGAGGGUGGUGGAAGUAUGUCCGGAGGACAGAAACAGCGAAUUGCAAUUGCUCGCGCGCUGGUACGAAACCCGAAAAUUAUGUUACUAGACGAGGCCACUUCUGCAUUAGACAUACGCUCGGAACGUCAAGUGCAAGCUGCAUUGGAUCAGGCGUGCUCGGGACGUACGGUGAUCAUGAUAGCUCAUCGACUGUCCACAGUUCGCGAUGCUGAUUGUAUUUUGGUCAUUGAACGUGGUCGAGUUCUUGAGUCGGGAACCCAUGAAGAGCUUCUCGAAGCGGGUGGUCUUUAUGCCACUAUGUGGCGUUCCCAGGUAAAUAACUACGCAUUGCAAUUGCGCAUUCGUUUAAUUACACACUUUAAUUGA